UGUUGAGAGCACAAAAUGCACUUGAACAAGGAAAAAUAUGACAAUACAGUUAAAGAAUGCACAAAAGCAUUAGAUCUGAAUCCAGCGUACAUUAAAGCUUUAGUAAGAAGAGGAGAAGCUCAUGAAAAGCUUGAACAUUUUGAAGAAGCCAUUGCUGAUAUGAAAAAGAUCUUAGAAAUUGAUCCCUCAAAUGAUCAAGCUAGGAAGGCCAUCAGGCGACUUGAGCCGCUUGCUGUAGAAAAUCGGGAAAUGAUGAAGAGAUGAUUGGCAAGUUUUUGUUAUCAUG